CCUUGAAAUUUAAAUUUAUACAUAGGAUGUCUUGCAACAAAGAGAAACUAACCCAUCCAUCUUCCCAAGGAAGAAGCUUUCCUACUUUUGUAAAUGGGUACCACUCCAAUAUCAGUUUGUUUUAUGAUACUUUUCUAUGUGCACUUCAAAAUCCUGGCCUUAGCUGAAGAUCACAACCAGUUCAUCUACAAUGACUUUCAUGCAGCCAAACUUCACCUUGACGGGCUUGCACAAAUCCAUCCCAAUGGUCUAUUGCAGCUAACCAACACUUCAACGGACCAAAUCAGCCAUGCUUUUUACAGACUUCCUAUAAGAUUCAAUACAUCCUCAUCUGUGUUACCCCAAACUCUUUCAUUUUCCACCACUUUUAUCUUUGCCAUAGUUUCUGAAAUACAAAAUUUUAAUUUUUGUGGUCAUGGAAUUGCGUUUACCAUCUCACCAUCGACAAACUUCACCCAAGCUUCACCAAGCACGUUUUUGGGACUCCUGAAUUCUAAGAACGACGGCAACACUUCAAACCAUCUGUUGGCAAUUGAGCUUGAUACUGCUCGCAAUGUCGAAAUCAAUGAUAUAAAUGGCAACCAUGUUGGAAUUGACAUUAACAGCAUAAAAUCUUAUGUAUCGGCACCUGCUUCAUAUUAUUCCAACAGUGAACAGAAAAACAAGAGUUUGCUGCUCAAAAGUGGAGAUCCAAUGCAAGUUUGGAUAGACUAUGAUGAAGUGGAGAAUCUACUCAAUGUAACACUGGCUCCUAUUCGAAGUCCGAAACCAGACCAACCACUCCUGUCAACACACAUCAAGCUUUCUUCAAUUCUCUUGGAUUCUAUGUAUGUUGGUUUCUCUUCUUCUACUGGACUAUUUACUGGUAACCACUAUAUUCUUGGGUGGAGCUUUAACAAAAGUGGGCAAGCACAGAACCUAGACCUUUCAAAGCUUCCUUCACUUCCCCCAAAAAUAAAGCCUGCUAAGAAACCAAGUCCAGGAAUUAUAGUUUCAUUGAUAACGGUAUCCAUUGUGUUUAUCAUUAUAAUAUCAGGAACUGCAUACUUUGUGUGGAUGAAAAAAUAUGAAGAAAUACAUGAAGAUUGGGAACAGGAAUAUGGCCCUCAAAGAUUUUUCUACAAGGAUCUCUACAAAUCCACCAAAGGUUUCAAAGACGAAGAGCUUCUUGGAGCAGGAGGUUUUGGAAAGGUUUAUAGAGGAGUACUUCCCUCUUCCAAGGAACAAGUCGCAGUCAAGAAAAUCUCCCAUGAUUCAAAACAAGGUGUGAAGGAGUUUGUGGCCGAAAUUGCUAGCAUGGGAAGGUUAAGGCAUAGGAACUUGGUGCAUCUCCUUGGUUAUUGUCGGCGAAAGGGUGAGCUUCUUUUGGUCUAUGAUUACAUGCCCAAUGGAAGCCUUGACAAGUUCCUAUUUAGCAAUGAAGAACCAACCCUCAAUUGGACCCAACGUUUUCAAAUCCUUAGAGGAAUAGCAUCUGCCCUUCACUACUUGCAUGAAGAAUGGGACCAAGUUGUUCUUCAUAGAGAUGUGAAGGCUAGUAAUGUUUUACUAGAUGCUGAUCUAAAUGGACGACUAGGAGAUUUUGGGCUUGCUAGAUUGUAUGAUCAUGGGGCAAAUCCAGAAACUACCCAUGUGGUUGGUACUGUUGGCUAUCUUGCACCAGAGCUCACUAGAACUGGAAAGGCUACUACAUGCACCGAUGUGUUUGCUUUUGGUGCAUUGAUGCUUGAAGUGGCUUGUGGAAGGAGACCCAUAGUGCCACAAGGAUUGCCUGAAAAAAUGAUUUUGGUUGAUUGGGUUCUUGAGAACUUGAAACAAGGAUCUAUUCUUGAGACAAGUGAUCCUAGAUUGGAAGGUAAUUACUUGGAAGAGGAAAUGUUAUUGGUUUUGAAGUUAGGUCUGCUUUGCUCACAGUAUAAUGAAGAGGCAAGGCCUAGCAUGAGGCAAGUGAUGCAGUACCUAGAUGGAAAUGCCCUGUUGCCAGAUAUACUUUUUGAUUCCACAGGUAUUGGUACAUUUAGUGUGACUAAUGACACAUCUUCUGAAUUUGUCUUGUCAUUUCCUUCAACGGUUCCAAAGUCUUCUGCUCACUCGAUGUGUAGCUCUGAGUCAAUAUUCAAUUCUGGUCGUUGAAUUUGAAAAUCUCCAUGCCUUGGAAGUGCUAGAACAGCAUUUGAAUGUAUGACUAGUAAGAAUACCACGCUUUUUGGUUUCUAUUGAUUUGGGUGCCGUUUGUUAGUCUCAGUCUUAGGGAUGUCUACUUUUUUGCUCUGUUAUUUUGUUGUUUUCAUUCUGUUUGAGUGCAUCUUGUCCUCCCUAUAUUACGGCUCUUCCUUAUUAAUAUAUAUAUAUAUAUAUAUAUCUUUUGUUUCUUCGCAAAAAAAUGUAUGACUAGUAAGAAUCAACGUGAUUAUUGUGUAAAAGAGACGUAGUUAUUAGCUACUCACUUCGAGAAGAUAGAUGAUUGUAAAUGUCUCCUGUUCUUGCACUAGUCAUCCAAGCUCACUUUGUUAUUAUAUAUUUGAUUAUAUUGAAGUUAGGGAAGGUGUGAUUUUA